AUGCAGACUUUCCUGGCAGACUGGAAGAAAGGCGGCAAGCUUCAUGCUGCUUCAAUCAAGGACAGCAACUUCGGCACAUUAGAUUGUUUGCAAAAAGAAGAAAGGCUGGACAUUCGGCUUUGUCGAGCACGCAAGGAAGAGGCAGCUACGUUUACAGUCACGAAUCCAGACCUUGUGCGACCUGGAGCAACUUGGGUUUUUGGAAAGGUAGAAGCUAAGGUUGUGUCAGUCCGGUCUAAUAAGGUGGUGCUGAACAAGCCAGCAUCUAUUGAGAUGACGAAGAAAUCCGCUGUUCAAAAAACUUGGUGUUGUGAUUCAAGCUUCGUUGCUGGAAAGGUUCAGGACUUCUGGAAUAGUUUCUGGAACGCGCAGAGACGGCCAGAGGAGAGGUGGAUGCGACAGAUCUCUCAGGGCAUCCCACAGCAGCAGAUUUUUGACGCAGAGAUUUCGUUCCAUGAGCUUGAAUAUGUCAUACGCCGUCUUCCCCUUCAAAAAGCUAGAGGUAUGGAUGGGUGGAGCAAUGUGGAACUGCGUCUGUUGCAUGCGGACGAGAUUGAGAUGCUACGAUCGCUUUUCAACCAGGCGUUGCAUACAACUCAAUGGCCCACAGCUCUGGCAGAGGCAUCAGUUGCUCUUUUGGCGAAGGUGGAACAGCCUGCGCACCCUAAAGAUGGGCGACCAAUAACAAUUCUGCCUACAAUUUACAGAGUAUGGGCCAAGACGAUGGCGCAAAAAAUCUUCAAGAACAUUAUUGGAGCACUCCCAAAAGACCUCUUCGGAAGUGUUCCAGGCCGAAGCACAGAAGAUGCCGCGUGGGAAUUGCAGGCGACGAUCGAAGAAGCUUUGGAAGAGGGAAGUGCGUUGGCCGCGAUAUCAUUUGACCUCAGUAAAGCUUACAACACAAUUCCCAGAGACUUGAUUCGUUUAUUGGCAGAACGUUGUGGUUGGCCAACAAAAUUCACGGAUUUAUACUUGCAUGCGCUCUCUAAGCUCCGCAGAUAUUUCAAGAUCCAUGGAGGGCUCUGGGCGCCAACGUACAGUCAGAUUGGAGUUCCAGAGGGUUGUCCAGUGGCAGUGCCAAUCAUGAUAAUGGUCACCUGGGGAAUUACAAACUUCAUUGCGCCGCCAGAGACUCCAAACCGCAUGAUUUCGUUCGUUGACAAUUGGACAGUCUUGACCCCGGAGACACAAACAGUGGUGGCUAUCCUUUCCCGGAUGAAGCAGGCAGCAGAUGGAUUGGCGCUGAUUUUGAACCCAGACAAAACAAAAGUUCUUGCUACGACAGCUCGUGCCAGAAAGAAUUGCCGGCAAAGCUCUUUCCAGGACGAGCCGCUCAACGUUGUUAGUGCUACGCAAGACUUGGGGGUUGUCUUUACGUCGACCCUUCGAUGCACAGCAAGCAAGAUGAAUGAGCGGUUGCAGGGCAAUUUGAGCAAGCUUGAUCGACUGAGAUUAAUGCCGUGGGCUGCCAGCAGAAAGAGUCAGGUUCUAACGCGAGUUGUAGUGCCUUCUGUCUUGUAUGGAUCUACCUUCGCUUCUACCUCGAAGUCUUUUGUUUCCAAUCUCAGGGGAAAGUUCAAUGUGGCGAUCUGGGGAAAGCAGUCUCAGAGAAGCCACCAUCUGGCGCCUCUGUUCGGAACAGCCACAGAGUAUGAACCUUUCUUCAUCAUUUUCUGGAGUCGAGUGAGGACAUUGCGUAGGGCAGUUGCCAGAGAUCAAGACAACACAUUGCGCAGAUGGAAUCGGGCUAUUAACAACCCAAAGGCUUCUGGACCGCUAAAGUAUCUCUUUGAUUUUUUGGGACAGGUUCGUUGGCAGCCGCUUGCAGAUUUUCAGGUACAGACAGCCAAAGAUGAACUUUCGUUGGCUUUUGAGGACAGGGCUAAAAUCGAUGAAAGAUUGCACCAGGAGUGGCUGCAGGUCAUUGCGCAGGCUCAAUCUGAGAAGGAUGGGCUACAUAUGAUAGGUGCUGUUGAUUGGUGCCUUACCAAAAGAUUGCGCAAAGAAUCCAAGCAGGCCCCACAGGUCCUUGGAAGCUUCACGUCUGGCGCGGCUAUUUUUAGUGAGCGCAAAAAGCAUUUCUUGAAUGAGCAAGAACAAAGAUGCAGGCACUGUGGAGGAUGGGACUCUCAACGACAUAGACUUUUUGAGUGCAACCACCUCGUCAGUUGUCGCAAUGGUCUUCCAAUCGCAGAGAUGAGCCAAGGCCCUGUUCUGCAAAAUGAGCGAGGAUUGUUUAAGUUGCCUUUAGCCAUACAGGAGUGGUACGAUCAUGUUGCACAAAUCCCGUGGCCAGCUUUUGCAACCAUGUUCCGUGAAACAGUGCAUCUUUUCACUGAUGGUUCAACAAAUGGUUUGGACGUGCUGCCUAAGAGUGCAUGGGCAGUCACUUGGGCCAAACAAGGUUCGUUUGAGUUCGUUGAAGUUGACCGUGGAUUGGUGCCUGAAGAGCAGACGAAUUAUCGCGCAGAAGCGUUUGCAGUUCUGGCAGCCAUUCAGCGUGCAACACAUGCGUACCUUUACAUCGAUAACCUUUCAGUGGUUCAAGGUUUGCAUCGACUCCAGUCUGAAGGUUGGAAUGAGGUUUGGUGGUCAAAUCAGGCAGAAGCGGCUGUUUGGAGACGCAUUUGGAACUGCUGGCGAACAAAGUCUCCAGCGACCUGGGUGAUAAAACAUGUGCAUUCCCACAAAGAGCUGACGACAGCGUCGCAUGAUUUGGAGGCGUGGUGCUUUUUCCACAACGACGCUGUCGAUAGGAGGGCAAAACUGGCGAAUGCUGACAGGCCUGAAUUGCAAGUCAAGUUAUAUAAACGGGCAGUGCAGGAGUAUCGGCGUUUGCAGCACACAUCAGCCAACAUUUUCCAGCUGCAAAAGAAUGUCCUGGAGGCUGCUGGAACGAACCAGAACGAUAACCAGGCCCUGGAGCUAGCUGCAACACGAGAGCCGUUGGAUGAGCAGGGUUCUCAGGCAACUUUUGUCGUGCAAACAAGCCAUGUUGACUUCGGAGCGUCACUGAUGUGCCCGCGGUUUUUGCAUGUUUUGGCUGGGUUCCUAAAUGGAGAGUGGACUGAAUGUCCUGCUGGCAUUAGUAUUUGCGAGCUCUAUAUGGCUUUUGUUGAAGAUUGUGGAUGGCUGGUUCCAAUCAAUGUUGGAGCAUGGAAACAGGACCAGUUGCCCUUGAAAUGGCGCUCCACGGCACCGAGCGCGUGGCUACAUGAAACUGAUUAUGCUGAGUUGGCUUUUGCCAGACAGGUGCUCUCAAAACAAAUCACAACGCACCAGGGGAACCUGGCUCUCGGGCACGGGCCGCUCGGCACCACUGUCAUCACCUCAUAUCUUGUGAGCCGUGUGGGGCUUUCGAAUUAUUAG